AUGUCAAUAAUAGAAUUUCCACCUUAUUUGAGGGCUCUAACGGAGGGUGUAAACGUUUCAGUUUUUAUGUUUGGAGCAACUGGCAGUGGUAAGACUCAUUGCAUGGAAGGAAAUAAAUCAGAUCCUGGACUGAUAUCACUUUUGGCUGAUAAUCUUUUCAAUAUUUUAGAGGAUAAGAGAUAUAGAUAAAAUGCAGGGGGAGCAGGUGAUAUGAACCCUAACUUCACUUUUUCAGUAAAGGUCAGAUUUAUAGAAAUAGUUGAUGAGGAAAUACAUGAUUUACUUUAACCAACUGGAGCAUAUGGCCAUCAUUCAUUGAAUGUUAUCUUGAAUGAAUGGGAGGGUCCUAUGGUAAAUGGAGUAAACUGGAUUCCGAUGACAAAUCAACAUUAAUUAGCUGAUUUCUUUGUUAAUGGAUCUAGAAAUCGAACAACUCAUGCAAAUGAAUUCGGAAAAUUAAGUGAGAAAGCAGCUGGAAUCUUCUCAAUAGAAAUAACUUAAAUUACUGAUAAUCCGCAAACAGGCGAUACUCAUGUAUUGGUCAGUAAACUAGACAUCAUUGAUAUGCCAGGCAGUGAAAUCUUAAAUGAAGAUCCUGAAAAUGUUAGAGUAAAAUAAGGUUCAACUCUGAAUAGAGGAAUGCUGAGUUUAAAUAAUCUUAUGAAGGAAUUAUCUGUAAAUCCUCAUGGUGAUUAUGUAUUUUAUGACGGCUCUAAGUUAACUGAACUAAUGAAAGAUGUUUUGGGAGGUAAUUCUCUUACUGUUGGUGUUUUUACUCUUUAGUAUGGAGAUCCAAUAGGCUCUACACUAACAAUGAGAGCAUUUAAAAAAUGUCAAACAAUAAUGAACUUUCCUGCUAUUAAUGAUAGUAGAACUAUAGGAUUGUUAAGAAAGUUUAGAAUCGAGCUUAUUUCUCUAUAUAAUCAAGUUAAUAUGAAGCCUGGAGAUAAUGCAGAUAAUUACAAUCUUAAAAUUGCCGAGUUGGAGAAAAAAUUAAUUGAUGAAAAUCUAGAGAAAAUGAAAUUUACUGAUGAGAAAACUAAGUUGAUAAAUAGAAUGCAAGAAAUGAAAAGUAAAUUCAAUGAAUUAGUGAGAUCUAAAGCAGAUCUUUAGGCUGAGUUGAUCCAGAGUGAAGAAGAAAAACUUAAAGUCUCAAAAGCUUUGAUUGAAUUAUAAAUUGAAAAUACUAAACUUCAAGAAAUGAUUUCAAAUAAUACUUUUGAUGUCAAUACAAAACUUUUACAUGCUGAAAAUGAUCUUCUAGAAUUAAAUAUCAAAGAGGAAAGAGCUGCAAAAGCUAUCCAAGAAUUAUAGGAGAAAUUAAGGGAAGCUUUAGAUGAUAAAAAAGAAAUUGAAAUUGAAUUUGUAGCACUCAAGAAAAACUUUAUAAAUAUUUAGCAAGAUUUGGAUCAGGAGAAGGUAAAGAAUGAGAAUUUAGGUAUUGAAUUAGUGAAUUUAGUAAAUGAAAAUAAAGCAUUGCAAAGUGACUCUAAUCAAAACAAUAGAAAAGCUGGCUAGAUAGGCGAUGAUUUCUCCAGAAUUGAAAGAAGAAAUGAAAAACUAGCUCAUGAAUUAUAGGAAACAAAAGAAGCUUUGAUUGUAGCUAAAGGUGAAAUUGAAAGAUUAAAAACUGAAUUGAUAAGAUAUGAUCUUUAAAAUCAACAGAAUAAUAUGGAUCUAGACAACAAAAAGAUGGAACUUGAGAGAGAAUUCUUAGAGUUGACUAGAAAUAAAGGUGUUGAUAAUGAUAGAUUACGCGUUGAUGAUCUUGAAGCUAAUAAGAGACUUAAUUUGGAAAGAGAAAUGUGGGAUGGAGAAAAGACAGAUUUACUAAGAAAAAUCAAAGAAUUAAACAGAAAAAUAGAGGAACUAACAGAUGAUAUCAAGAUAAUAGAAGAAUAAAAUAUAGAACUAAAGAGUGAUAAAAAUCGGAUAAUGUUGUAACUCGAGGAAAUGAGAAGUGCUUACAGAAAUAAACUUACAAAAUACAUGAAUGAACAUAAUCCAGAUUAAGCAGCAUUGACGUGGCAAGCAAAAGAAGAAUUGAUCAGAUCUUAUACAGAAAAAGAGUAAGAUUAUGCAUAGGCUCUAGAUAGAAAAGAAAAAACAAUUGAAGAUUUGAGGAAAAAACUUAGAGCUUUAAAGAGAUAUGCAAGAUAGCUAAAAUAUUUAGCAGAAGAUUGGGCCCCUCUAGGACAGCCUUUACCAGAAAUUUUGACUAUGCCACCACCAAUUAGUCUUGAAGAUGAUGACGAUGAUGAUUAUUUGAGAAGAUAAUAAACAGAGCUAGAUAGAGUAAAAAACAGAAAUAGAAAUCUGGAGGAAGACUUAAGAAGGUUAACAGAUGGAAGACCCAUGGAUAGUAUUGGGCUUCAGGCCUAAGCAACUAACUAUAGCAGAGGUAUAUAGCAAUCGAAUUUCCCAUAAUCAGUAAAGUCAAAUGUCUCUGAAUUGGAUAGAAUGAGAAAUAAAGUAGCAGAAUUGGAAAAUGAACUUGCUAGACAAUAAAAUGCAUAUACAAGAAAAUCAACACAAAAAUCAGCAAUUAAUGAUCCAGAAAUGUUAAGGCUCAAGACAUACAUUUAAGAUUUAGAGCAAUAAAUAUCAGAUUUGAAGAGAGCUUUAUAAAUGGCAUAGCUGCAGUAAAACGACCCAAGGAAAUCUUUAGCAUCAAUGCAUUCAAUGGGGGUUCAAAAAGUUGAUGACAUUCAAGAAAGAUUACUGUAAGAAAUUACCUAUCUUAAAGGAAACUAAGAUUUCUUGAAUAAACCUGGAACCGGCUCUGCUGAAGUUGCUUAAAUUAGAAGGGAAAGAGAUGCUUUGAAUGAAGAAAACAAGAAGUUAAAAGCAUUAAUGAAUGAGGAUUCAGCUGGUCCUAGCUCAGGCAAUGCUAAAUACCUUAAGAAUAAAAUAUUCCAUCUUGAAAAAACUUUAUCUUAACUUGAAAAAGAGAGGUCUGAAUUAUCUGUUAGGGCAACAAUGGCAGAGGAAUAAGUUAAAUAGAUGCAAGAGUAUAUGUCACAAGCAUAGCAAACUUAUAAAAAGAAGGAAUUUGACAUGAAAAAAAUGCUUAAAUCAAAGGGAGUAGAUGUUAGCAUGUAUUGA